CUGGGAGGGCAUGUUGGGAGUUCUUUCUUUACUCUUUUCACUCUGUUCUUUCUUGUCCUACCUUCCUGCUGUGUAUCUCUGGCUCCGUCUUCACGGUGAGCUUAUUGACGCCUUGAAACGUUGCAGUGAAACAGACCUUUACACCCUGUGAACGCUCGAGGUCUGAAGUGCAAAGCUUUUGCUGCCUCACUCUGUGAUUCAGCUGCCUCAACGACGGCGAUUGCAGAAGGCGCGGAGGGAAGUUUUUUGGGGCCAUGGAGAAAGGGAAAGGCUUGUUGAACCGACAAGCUUCUGUGGCUGAGUGUCAUCAUUCUGAGGAUCUGGGGAGUAGCUACCCAGUGGAGAGCAGUGGCGGCAAGCUGCCAGACAAAGUGAAGAAAAGCAGGAGUAGCUCCAGCAAUGGCAGCAUCAAGAAGGCGGAGUCCAGGAAAGCCUUGAGCCUAGAGGCGGCCCAGCUCGAGAUCCAGCAACAGCACAAAACCCUCACCAGGCAAGUGGCCAUCAGAUCACAGACGUUCGAUGUUGACAACAGAGGCUUCGAGAAGACGGAAGGCACAAGCACACUAAGUAGUUUCAUAAAGCACAACAAGACAUUCCACAAGUUGUUUCCACACAUUCCUGAGAGUGAAGACUUGUUACAUGCAUACAUCUGUGCCCUGCAAAAGGAAGUGCCCUACCAUGGUCGGCUGUACGUCACGGACACCCAUGCCUGUUUCUACUCCUCAGUCUUACUCAAGGACACUAAGGUAGUGAUUCCAGUUUCCUGCAUUUGCAUAGUGAAGAAGCAGAACACCGCUCUGCUGGUGCCCAACGCCUUGUCGAUCCGCACUACAGAUGGAGACAAGUACCUGUUUGUGUCACUGCGGAACAGAGAAUCUUGUUAUCAGCUGCUGCGUUCAGUCUGUCCUCAGAUAGAGGUUGGGAGCACAAAUAGUAGCCCGAUCUUCUCCUCAGCCGAGACCAGCUUUGAUAAGAGCAAACUUGUGAACUCCAGCCAGUCCAGCUUGGACGACAGCUUCGACCAGUUCGAUGGCUCCGAGUCUCAUUCUUUACCUGAGCAGCCUCUGCAUGAGCCAUUUAGAGAGGCUGUGCCUAAUGGAAAUGUCCCUGCAUUCAGGAGCAGGCACAUACAACAGACUGAUAGUUCAUCUUCAGAGGAGCUGUCAGUGUCAGGUGGAUCGUGGGUUUGGAAUGUGACGGAAAAGGCCAAGUCCCUGCUGGUUCAGAGAGAGGCCAGCACCCUCAACACUCUACUCUUCAUCUACUUGAUUUUAGUUGUACUGCUGCUGCUGUCUUCAGGCUACAUUGGUUUGCGUAUCGUGGCUCUGGAGGAACAGCUGACGUCCCUCGGAGCUUUACCUGAGUUCACUUUACAGAGCCGGUACCGCCAAGACACAUAACACUCGCUGACUGAAGGAGAGAUUGGUUGACUCUUGACUGGAGGAUUAUUUCGGCCUCUCCUCAGCAGGGACCCAGCGGGAGAACGCAAAUGUACUGGGACUACUCCAAUGUGGCCCGUGCUCGAGGAAGAGUGGCCGACCUGUGCAAUUUCAGACACAACUUGAUAAGUUGAAGGGCUAUAACUUCCUCCUGGUGCAGUAGAAAAACAAAGGACAUGCCACAACUUGAGUCUCACAGGGCUGAGCCCAAACGCAUGCGCACGCUGCCUGGCUGCAGCGUGUCCAUCAUUCAAACCAAAGCCGAGCGGUUGCAGUUCAGCGAGGUGCCGCGCGAUGCCAAGUCGAGGUGGCACGUUCGUGACUGCAGCUGUUCCAGAUCUGUGAACUUGUGCUAUACACCGUGGUCCCCUCCUCCCUGAGCAUGCAGUCUGAACAGGGCUAUACCAGUCAGCAUAAGCCUGUUGUGUUGCUCUAGUUUUGCACCUCAACAAAGGAGACGUAGUGCUAUGCGUAGCCAAAGAUGCACACAACUAUUGCAUGAGUGCACAGGGAGAUGACUUGAUUUUCUGUUUCUUAUUAACCCUUCCGUCUAUCGGCAGUUAUAAUGAACCCGUCUCUCUGUUGGAAUUCAGUGACCUUUCGGUACCUCUCCCCUGCAAAUGGCUCUUAUGGUCAUUUAUCAGCUGUGGGUUGAAAUGAUGAUGGCUGAAAUGGCUCAUUCAGAUCAGCCCGCGGAGGCCUGAUGCUCUUCCUGAUGGUCUUCUCCUUUCUCUCUUUCACCAAUCAGCAAUGAUUGCAGUAUUACUUUCCUCAUCUUUGGCAUGAUUUAAAUGUAUUUAAUGAUCAAUGCUGAGAGGUUCUUCUUUGUCCAGUCUCCGCUGGACGAACGCAUCAUCAAUGCACAAAUAUUUACUACAGUAGGCCACGAGGAGGUCGUCUCAGAUGCAACGUGUUUGUGUUUUUGUGUACGACUUUUCUAUGACAUUGGUCUUUAAACGUAGACUUGAGGUGUCUGUUUGUGUACUGUCUUACCAGGACGAAACAACCACGUCGUGUGUUACGGCCUCUUGAAGACCAAGUGGCAUUUCUCGAGUUUUCAGGUUAUUUAAAAGUAGCACCGAUUAUUUAUUUCUAACGUUCACGCGUGUCUGCAAUAUCGACACUUGACUGACUUGACACUUGCUGUAAAGUUUUCAUCAGCAAAAAAGUGAGUGGUCCCUGAAAAGAAAAUUUCAAUAUGCAACAAAUGAUUAUUAUGCAUGGCAAAGUGUAAUUUUUCUGUGUGCUGGUUUUUAAGUGGAGCUCAAUGUUGAAAUUGAUUAUGAAGAAACAAUGAUGAAAAAUAACAAAACAAGUGAAAGGAAACGGCUCAAGCGAGCGAGCGCACUUUAAACUAAUGUGUUGUGCCUGUCACAACUCAUGACACCGUGUUCGGAUGGAGAAGAAAAGGCGAAGCUGGCGUUCUGUGGUAUCUGACGGUGCUAAGACCUUUUUUUUUAAAAAUAGUUUUCACUCAGGGGUGGUGGGCAGUACCUGCCAAGUGCUUUUAAGUCCUCAUCUUUUCCUUUGCCAUGUCACAUGCUGUAGGCUUUGGUGGUUUUCCCAAAUGUCUCUUUGAGAAACAAACACUUUAUUUCAUUGAGAUUUGACUUAACUAGUCAAAUCCCCCCCCCCCCCCCCCGCUUUAAUGACUAAAAUGCAUAUCUGCACCACAUUUCAAUGAUUUUACACCACCCUUGUUGUGGAUGGUCUUCUUGCCGAGGUGUAGCAGGGUGGGUGUGCUUUCACUACAUCCCGUUACACGAGUCGCAUCAAUAAUAAUUUUUUAAGGUUUAUUGUCAUCAUGCCAUAUUGAGUACUGUCAGUUCUUAUAUCCCCCCACCAGGGGGCAACACACAUCCACUCUCCUCAUGGGCUCAAUGCACGAAUUUCAUUGAGGGCAGUGUCUGUGCGGUUUUGCACUAUUCAAAGUGUUGUAAAUAAUUUUGUAUCGGUUGUUUAUGUCCUUAAUUCUAUUAUGGUCCUAUAAAUAUUUAUUUGCUUUGUGUGAUUCAAAGUAGUCUCUGUGAGAUGACUUUGUUAUUGUUGAAAAUAAAUCAAAUGUUGCAAAAAUA